AUGAACUACUACUGCUGCGCCGGCAAGGACAAGGAGGGUAUUAACGACGGAUGCCCACCGGCGCAGUUCGCUUACAUCACCAGCGGACAGGUCAAAAGCUGUGAUCCAUUUAACGUUGACCAAGACGGAUGCUCUCGGAAACAGUUUGCACUGCUUGACCGCCGAACAAAUCAGCCACGGAUAUGCACUGCAGGCGAAAAGAAUUCUUGCCCUACCGGUUUCUUCUGUCAGUUCUCAGCGAAGCGAAAUCAAUUCCAAUGCUGUGGACAGGGUGGAGGUACGACUGAUUCACUGUGUACUCUACUACAAUAG